AUGUACAAGUCAUUCUUCCUCCACCUCCCCAAUUCCAAGAUAACCAAGACUGCAUCUACUGAAACGCAGCAUGUCUCACUACAGACAGAUAUAAGAGUCGCUGUAACAUCUACGGGUACUCAAACAGAAUCUGAGGCAGACUCUUUACCUGUCAAUCUGAAUGAAAGCAUGGACUCAAUUUCUAGCCUCAAGUCAACAGAGUCGGAGUGGAUCCCAGAAGAGGAGAUGGACAUAACAGAAAAUGAUGAAAACAAUAAUCCCCAUCAUAUAACCAGUAAUGAAGUAAAAAGUUUCUACUGCAUGGAAUUGGAGGGCCUAAAGAAAUGUUUUAACACAGUGGAGGAUGAUGUCAUUACAGACUUAAUUACUGACAGACAUUCAUAUGCCAAGGCUUUCAUGAAGAAAGAGAGAAGUGAUAGAGUAUUCAAGAAAUUAGAGGCCAGUGGCAAGAAAUGCAAGAAAGUGGCUUACUGGGCUCGAUCAGUUUCCAAUCACCUAUACUGGUGUGCUGCUAGUAGCAAUGAAAAUGGGGAGUUGGUCUUGGAGAAAUGGUUUUCUGUACUGAACCAUGUUGCCAACAUUUAUGAGGGUCAUGGAAAGCCGUUUCUUUCCUGUUUACUUGAGGACAGAGACUGGAUUAAGCAAGGUAGUUUGGCUUUCAUCGAAAUGGAUAAAGUUGUCAAAGGCAGACCUUUGGUGAAGGAUAUUAAGCAGAUAUCUCCAGCUGAACAAAUUUCAGCACUUGAGGCCUACCAAAAGAUAGUGUGUCACUUUGCAUCCAAGUCCCUCCACUUCUUUUAUGCACCAAUGAAGGCCAGGUUGUACAUAGCAGCUUUGCACUUCAAUGAGAACUCUUGUCGUGAUCAGGCCAAAACCAGAAAUGGAGAACCCGUAUUUUCUGUGUCCUACCCAGAAGGAAGACAUGGAAGUGGUCUUCCUAAGGAAGUGAAAGUGAAACAAUCGUAUAGGGAGUAAACAUGUGACUGGAUUAUUUAUAAUACUAGUAAAUGACAUGCACAUGUAUUGAAUUGUUGUACAUGUGAUUGGAUUAUUUAUAAUACUAGUAAAUGACAUGUACAUGUAUUGAAUUGUUGUACAUGUGACUGGAUUAUUUAUAAUACUAGUAACUGACAUGUACAUGUAUUGAAUUGUUGUUCAUGUGACUGGAUUAUUUAUAAUCCUAGUAAAUGACUUGUACAUGUAUUGAAUUGUUGUACAUGUGUCUGAAUUAUUUAUAAUACUAGUAUAUGACAUGCACAUGUAUUGAAUUGUUGUACAUGUGAUUGGAUUAUUUAUAAUACUAGUAAAUGACAUGCACAUGUAUUGAAUUGUUGUGAUUUGUUAUUAUUUUGAAUUAUCAAAUGCAUAUAUGAUUGCGUAUUUCAGAUUAUGC